GCAUUCGGGAAAUUGUGAGUGUAUAGGAUCGAUGCAAUCGAAUGAUUUUGCAUCGCGUGGAUGAGACGGUGGCGGAGAUCAGUGGGCAGUAACGAGACUUGACCUUUGUCUCACAUUUCAGUGGUUCUUGAUGUGCUCAGACGAGCUCCACAUCUUCCCCAGCAAGUGCCGCACUCUCAGUCAUUCGCCACAAUUUGCCAAACCACCAUCGUGUUGAACAGAAUUCUCUCUCUGUGCUUCAAUUAGUGGAACUUUCGCAGCAUAAAUAAAUUUUUGUGCAAAUUUUUCUGCAGAGCAAUUUUAUUAAGUGUUGACAAAAUGGUGGUGAAUUUUGGAGCAGGUCCAGCAAAAUUGCCCGAAGAGGUCUUGGUGGAGGUGCAGAAGGAACUCGUGAAUCACGGCUCUUCAGGCAUGAGCGUUAUGGAGAUGUCCCAUCGUGGGGCGGAUUACAACAAGAUCCACGAGGAUACAAUUAAAGCACUCCAAGAGCUUCUAAACAUUCCAGACGACUACCAGGUCCUUCUUCUUCAGGGCGGUGGAACAGGCCUUUUUGCAGCUGUCUGCAUGAACCUAAUGGGUAGAACAGGUGUAGCAGACUACAUUGUAACCGGUGCCUGGUCAGCCAAGGCAGCCAAGGAAGCAGCUAAAUACGGCCAAGUGAAUCUUGUCCUUCCCAAAACUGACAAAUACUGCGGUGUGCCAGAUCAGAAAACAUGGAAGCUAGACCCGAAUGCUUCCUACUUAUACUACUGCGACAACGAGACUGUUCAUGGAGUUGAAUUUGGUUUUAUUCCCGAGACUAAUGGCGUGCCCAUUGUUUGUGACAUGUCUUCAAAUAUCCUUUCACGUCCUUUUGAUAUUAGGAAGUUUGGCUUGGUUUUUGGUGGUGCUCAAAAGAAUAUUGGACCAUCAGGGAUAACCGUUGUUAUCGUAAGGAAGGAUCUUAUCGGCAGUGCCAUGAAGAUCACUCCUUCAAUCCUUGAUUUUGCCGUAGCAGCUAAGGAUAAUUCAAUCCACAAUACUCCUCCAACUUUUAUAAUCUACGUCAUGGGACGCGUGUUUGAAUGGAUUAAACGUCGUGGAGGCGUUGACGCCAUGUUUGAUGCUUCAAUGAAGAAAUCUCAAAUGAUUUACAAUGAAAUCACGCGCUCAGGUGGAUUCUACAGCUGUCCCGUGCAGGAAGAUUCACGCAGCCGUAUGAACGUCCCCUUCCGGAUUGCCCAAGGAGAUGAAGCUCUCGAAAAAGCUUUCCUCAAGGGGGCCGAAGCUCGGAAAAUGGUUCAACUCAAAGGACAUCGUUCUGUGGGAGGGAUUCGUGCCUCCCUCUACAACGCUGUGACCAUCCAAGAAGCCGAAACCCUUGCCAAGUACAUGAGGGAAUUCUUCGAGGAGCACAAGAAGUAAAAUCAUUCCGCAUUUUGUUGCAAAUUUAUUUCCUUAUCUAUGUAAAAGGAUUAUACAUAAAGUAUACAGAAAUUAAGUUUUUUUUGGCACUGAAUAAAACGCCGCACAUGACGAUAGUGGCUACAUGA